GUGAACCACUCCUUUAUAUGGGAAAUUCGUGUGACUUUGAGUGCGUAAGCCAUGAUAGAUUUAUCUUAUAUAAGGGCAUCUGCCGGCCUUUUCCUCUUUCUUUAACACAAAACAUAACCAUGGAAGACACAUCACAUCAACAUCACUUCCUCGAAGGCAAAACCAUCAUCAUCGCUGGCGGUGGUGUUUCUGGAUCAGCAUUCGCUGUUGGACUGCGCAAACUAUGGAAUCCCCAGUUCAAAAAGCCCAAGAUCAUUAUCUACGACCGCGACUCGCCGGACGUAAGCGCUCAACGUGAAGGCUACACAUUAUCUCUUACCGGAUAUGACACUUCGGGAGGUCUCAUUGCCCUGAAGAAACUCGGUCUUAUCGAACAAAUUGUAGACAAUGCCGUGUCUGGACUCAAUGGAGAGGGUGCUUUCAAGAUAUGGGGACCCAAUUGGCAUGAACACGCAAGCUUCCGCCACGAGCCAAUUGAAGAGCUGCCAUCUUCCAGCGUUAGGAUAGCACGCAAGGAUCUUCGGAAGGUCCUCCACGAUAGCCUCCGACCGGAAGACUCGGUCCAGUGGAACUCACGCUGCAUCUCAGCGAGGAAAACGGACCAAGGACGAGUGCGAGUUCAAGUCGCAAGUGGACAUCCCGGCGAUGAGACGAUCACCGAGGAUGAUUGUGACCUGCUUAUUGCCGCUGAUGGAGCGAAUAGCAAACUCCGAGGAUACCUUCGGCCAAACGACAACCUCGAAUUUGCCGGUGCAAUUCUCCGAGGUGGCAUUGCUCGAUUCGAUGGCCCUCCUCCAGCGCCCAUUGACAAAGACUGGGGCUUCAUGAUUUCGGGAACCGGCGUGUCAUGCUUCUUUUCUCCAGUCGACAAGAACAGCAUUGUAUGGGGCGUUGGCCAUCUCGAGAACGAAGAGGUCCCCAGAUUAGAUCUCAAGAACGUCAAAAUGGUACAAGAAGUGAUCGACCGCAGUCUCGAUCUUGGGGACAGGUUCCAGGAUCCUUUCAGAGACAUUGUUGAAAGGACAGAUACGAAGACCGUGUUUGCUAUCAACGCAAAGGACAAGAAGGCUUUCACACAUGACGAUAUUGACCGGAUGGGCGUUAUUUUCAUUGGCGAUGCUAACCAUGCCGUGACACCUUUUGCUGGCUGUGGAGCGAACCUGGCGUUAUGUGAUGCGUGGAAUCUGGCAGAGGCUUUAUGUGUAAGCAGUUCUUUAGGGGAGGGCAUAUCAGCGUAUGAUGGACAGUCAGAACCACGGGCGAGAGGGGUCCUCGAGCGAGCGCGUGAGAAGUUAAAGUCAGGACAUAAGGGGAGAUUAUAGUUUUAAUAAGAUAAUUCAGCUUGAUAAGAUAUAAAAAAAAGCCGUUACCUUGAUUAUAAUAAAAG